AGAACAGCCCAAUGCUGAAUACGAUUUCGCGAAAGUUUACCGCUGGUUAAACCCAUCGCUUGCGUCAAUUUAUACAGCAGAAAACAGAACUGAACGGCGGGGAUUAGUGAGAGAGGUCAGGCAGCAGCAUUUACAAAGGUGUUCCUGGACCUUGUAGGAAGAACAAGAAAUGAGUGAGGCGCAACUGAACAUUGUCUUUGAGGGGCUGUUAUGGCCCAGUCAUGUUCACUCGGAAGAAAGCCUGAGAUACGCCCGGGAGGAAUUCCAAGUUCGGGAUGAUGAUGUUUUCAUUGUCACUUACCCCAAAUCAGGUACCACUUGGCUGCAAGAAAUAUUGCCUUUAAUUUACAGCAACGGGGAUCUGACACCAGUGCACACUAUCCCAAACUGGCAACGUGUUCCAUGGUUAGAGCAUAAGACUGGUAAAUCAUUGUUGGAAAACAGACCAUCACCCCGGCUUAUUACAACACAUCUGACUUAUCAUAUGAUGCCAAAGUCCUUCUAUACAUCAAAAGCAAAGGUUGUCUAUGUGUCCCGAAAUCCAAAGGAUGCUCUUGUUUCUUCCUUUCACUAUCACGAUAUGGCCUCAUUUUUGGAGAACCCAGGGACCUUUGAGGAGUUCAUUGACAAAUUCCUGGAGGGAAAGGUAAUGUUUGGUUCCUGGUUUGAUCACAUUAAGAGUUGGUGGCCAAGAAAGGAUCAGGAUAACAUUUUGUUUCUAACUUAUGAAGAACUAUUGCAGGAUAUGCGAAGUGCUUUGUUGAAACUUAAAGAAUUUCUGGGAAAGCAACUCAGUGAUGAUGCCAUUGAGAGAAUUGUGACCCAAACCAAAUUCAACAACAUGAAGCAAAACAAAAUGUCCAACUACAGCUUUGUGCCAGAAGAACUGAUGGAUCAAAAGAAAAGCAACUUUUUACGAAAAGGCAUCUCUGGAGACUGGAAGACCCAUUUCACCACAGCGCAGACUGAACAUUUUAAUUCCGUGUACACCCAAGAAAUGAAAGGAAUAAACUUCCCAUUUUACAAAGACUGAAGAUGUAAGAAUUGAAAUUUAGAAUUGUAAGCUUCUUAACUUUCAAUAUCAAUGCUUCUAAAUCAUAAUUCUGUUUAAGUUAGUGUAUUUUCUAAUCCUGCCUAAUAUUAGUGUAAGACUCCCUAUGCGGGGAGAUGGGGAGAAAGUGAGGACUACAGAUGCUGGAGAUCAGAGUUGAAGAGUAUGGUGCUGGAAAAGCACAGCCAAUGAAGAGUGUAUGCUUGAAGCAUCGACUCUCCUGCUCCUCAGAUGCUGGUUGACCGGCUGUGCUUUUCCAGCACCACAUUCUUCAACUCUGAUGAGACAUGUGCCAACUAAACCCUGUAUGGGUGAUUUGGAAGUGCCAGUGUUGGACUGGGGUGGACAAAGUUAAAAAUCACACAAUACCAGGUCUAGUCCAACUGGUUUUUUGGAAGCAGUAGCUUUCCAGGCACUGCCUCUUCAUCAGGUGGUUGUGGAACAUGACCAUACGACACAGAAUUUAUAACAAAAGGGUUACAGUCUCGUGGAAUUGUAAUGAUAUAUUAAACAACUUUAGUGUGAUUUUGAGGCACUGAGUACCUCGAAAGCUAGUACUUCCAAAUAAAUCUGUUGGAUUAUAACCUGUUGUUGUGAUUUUUAACUUUGUGUAGGUGAAGCACACUGGUAGAAUACCUGUUAAGGCUGCAAAUACAUGUAACACCAUUUUAUUGUGUUUAAUGAUCAUAUCAAUAGAGCUAACUAAAUAUUAAUCUCAAAUAAAAAUUAAUCCAAUCCAGUA